AUGUCAAACUCUCGUGGGCCUCCAAUGAAUACGAUUGAUUUAAUGAGAUUAUCCGCCGGAUGCUGGAACUCACAUACUGAACGAUUGGAUCACUGUCUCCGCGAUCAAGAUGACCCCGAAAAACAGUAUCUUUUUAUACAGGACGAUCCAUUUUCCUACAGUGGCAGCGGAAAAUUGCAGUCGGAGCUGAUUCGAUAUUUUCAAAUACCCCAGUAUCUCCUGGCCGUCACAUAUAGGCGCUCCAAUGGGUUCUUUGCUUUCAAGGAAUCGCGAGGUCAAAAUGGCCAGCGCGAAUCAUGCUACAUGUGGUUCCGCGUAGAAAUCAAGAUCAUUGAUGACAGCAGCGGUAUGCGCUAUCACUGGCAUGAGAUGACAUUUUGUUACCGGUGGGAUUCGAAGAGCUGCUCCAUUUUGUGCUUGGGAGUAGAUGCUUCAUUCAGAAGCUGUCUGCAAGAAAAGCUACAACAAAUAUGGCCUGAUAUACAAGGAUCACAGCCUGGCUGCUUGCUUGUACCACUGAUAGAGGUUCUUAUUAUAAAGUACGAUCAAUCGGUAUGGUCGAUGCGAGAUAUCGUGCGACAAGCCGAAAAGAAUCGUACGCAUUCAACUCGCGGCAUAACCCAAUCUGAAUUGCUUUACGAAGCAACGAGACACGCCAUCCACUCGUCAGAGACUCUUGAGGCGGCACUUAAUACUCUAAGUAGCAUCCAGCACGAAAUCGCAAGCCAAUCGAUGCGAUCACCGUCGAUGCCGUGCGAUGUACAAGAUUUAGCUGAGUCGAUCAACAAACGACUCGACUUCCAGGUUCGCAUGCUUCGAAACCUUCACCUACGAGCCCAAUCAAACAAAGAGAGGGUGCAAAAUGAGAAUGUAUAUGCUUUCAACAUGGCCACACAGCGUGACAGUCAGAUCAUGAAGGAACUCGGGGCAGCAGCAAAAGAAGACAGCGGUGCGAUGAGAACUAUCGCUGUAGUUACCAUGUUCUUCCUGCCGCCGACAUUUAUUUCUGCUGUUUUUAGCAUGAGCUUUUUCAAUUACACGCCGCCUCAAGAUGACAAGGCAGGCAAGUGGUCAGUAUCGGAGAGGUUCUGGGUUUAUUGGGCAUUUGCGAUACCCCUAACAGCGUUGACUUUGGGGAUUUGGGUCCUACGACAGAGAUGGAUGCAGUGGCGCUAUUGGCUCAACUCCUUCUAA